AUGCCUCUUAACAUAAGAGACCACGCCCGCCUGUACGGCUCCGCAGCCCUUGCGGUUGCCUUCUUCGCGGGCAUUCUGGUCACCCUCGGCUUCAAGGACGUCUACCCAGAUCUGGAAAGGCGGUACAAGGCCUCCAAAAAGAAGAAGUCAUACCCUCGCGCGCGGCGCAACUCAAACGCAUCCAUCCUCACAUACGACCCUAGACGCAGCAGCAUCUUCUACGGCGACCCCGUCCAGCUCGAGGACCACGACGAUGGCGUCAACUUCACCGACUCGAUGGGCGCCGGCCUGCCCGUCAUCUCGGACGGCAUCGAGUCCACCAUCGGCCACACGCCGCUGAUCCGCCUCAAGGCCCUGUCGGCGCUGCUGGGCCGGGACGUCCUCGCCAAGGCAGAGUUCCUGAACGGCUGCGGCGGCUCGCCCAAGGACCGCGUCGCCCUCUCCAUGAUCCUGACGGCCGAGCAGGCCGGCCUCCUGGUCCCGCACCGCGGCGACACCAUCUACGAGGGCACCGUGGGGUCGACGGGCAUCUCGCUCGCCACCCUCGCGCGCGCCAGGGGUUACCGCUGCCACAUCUGCAUGCCCGACGACCAGUCGCACGAGAAGAGCGACCUGCUGCGCCAGCUCGGCGCAACCGUCGAGCGCGUCACCGUCGCGCCCAUCACCAGCCCCGGCCACUUCUUCGAGUCCGAGGCCAACUGGACGGCGCACCUGCGCAGCACGGGCCCGGAGAUCUUCGCGCAGACGGGCGGCGCCCUGAGCGCCUUCGUCGCGGGCGCGGGCACCGGCGGCACCAUCAGCGGCGUCGCCCGGUACCUCAAGGAGGAGGCCGAGCUGGGCGACGCCGUGAGGGUCGUCCUCGCCGACCCGCAGGGCAGCGGGCUGUACAACAAGGUCAAGUACGGCGUCAUGUACUCGCCCACCGAGCGCGAGGGCACCCGCCGCCGGCAGCAGGUCGACACCAUCGUCGAGGGCGUCGGCGUCAACCGCAUCACCGAGAACUUCGAGGCCGGGAGGGAGCUCAUCGACGACGCCGUCAAGGUCACCGACGAGCAGGCCUGCAGGAUGGCCCGCUGGAUGGUCGAGAACGAGGGCAUAUUCGCGGGCAGCAGCAGCGCCGUCAACCUCGUCGGCGCCGUGGCGACGGCCCUGAGCCUGCCCGAGGGGAGCACGGUCGUCACCAUUCUAUGCGAUUCGGGGCAGAGGCACCUGAGCAAGUUCUACAAGAAGGUCGCUGAGUUGGGACUGGAUGAGGAGCACAAUUCUCUGGAUUUGCUUGCACUUUUGGGACUUGAGCGGCGCGAGAGGUAA